AUGUGGUUCUACCUGGUGACUCUCGUGGGCCUUUACCAUCUUCUGCGUUGGUAUCGUGAGAGGCAGGUGGUGAGCCACCUCCAAGACAAGUAUGUCUUCAUCACGGGCUGUGACUCGGGCUUUGGGAACCUGCUGGCCAGACAGCUGGACAGGAGAGGCAUGCGGGUGCUGGCUGCAUGUCUGACAGAGAAGGGAGCAGAGGAGCUGAGGAGAAAGACAUCUGACAGGCUGGAGACAGUGAUCCUGGAUGUCACCAAGACAGAGAGUAUUGUGGCAGCCACUCAGUGGGUGAAGGAGCGUGUUGGGGACAAAGGACUCUGGGGCCUGGUCAACAAUGCUGGCAUCUGUGUCUUUGCUGUCAAUGAGUGGCUGAAGAAGCAGGACUUUGCAAGUGUACUGGAUGUGAACCUGUUGGGCAUGAUCGACGUGACUCUGAACAUGCUGCCCUUAGUGAGGAAGGCGAGGGGCCGAGUGGUCAACGUUUCCAGCGCCAUGGGCCGAGUUUCUUUUGUUGGUGGUGGUUACUGCAUCUCUAAGUAUGGUGUAGAGGUCUUCUCAGACUUGCUCAGGAGGGAGAUCUCUUAUUUUGGGGUGAAGGUGGCUAUCAUAGAGCCUGGGGGGUUCAAGACCAAUCUCUCCAACAUGGAGAGGCUAUCACACAACCUAGAGAAGGUGUGGGACCAGACCACCUCCGAGAUCAAGGAGAUCUAUGGCAAGAAGUUUCUGGACUCCUAUGUGAAAACACUGAACGCACUGUCGAACACAUGCUCAAGGGACCUGUCUUUGGUGACUGACUGCAUGGAGCAUGCUCUGACUGCCUGUCACCCUCGCACCCGAUACUCAGCUGGCUGGGAUGCCAAGCUCUUCUACCUCCCCUUGAGCUACCUGCCCACCUUCCUGGCAGAUGCCAUAUUCUUCUGGACCUCUAUAAAGCCCGCCAAAGCCCUGUGAAUUCGCACGUGUGUGCAGACUUGUGGCAGGUGGAGGAAGAUAACGACAAGGGGCACCUUGUUCAUCAGACUCAUUAAAAUAAUUCUGCUCCCAUACUACUCAGAACCAGUAAAGUUCAGAGGAAAGAGCCAAGGAAUUCUGUCAAGGGGUACCGAUACAAAGGGGCUGGCAAUGUCCUGUGAAUUAGGCAGUUUCCCUGGGCUUCAUCAUGGCCUAUUGUGAGAAUCCACAGACCUGCAGAGAUUGUAAACACCUAGAACGCUAGAACGUGCUUUGCUUUUGGCCCCUUCCUCAUGGUACACAUGAGCCUGGCUACUCAUGCCAUCGUUCUAAAGAAUCCACUUCAUAAUCACCUUUCUCCAUGGUGUCAGGUGGGAGGGCCACCACCGGUACUCCACACCUUAAUGCCAAGUCAGCAGGCUGUGGUUAGGAGGUUGUUUUGCUGGUGGGACAGAAUCUGGCUAAGAUAGAAAACAACAGCAACAACAACAAUUUUUAUAUGUCUCAAAACCGUGGCUUUCUUUGGAUUCUUUUAGUUUCAGAAUAAAAGUUGAAACGAUUA